AGCAUGAAUGUCUCUGGUGACAUCAUCUUAGGAGCUUUAUUUCCGAUCCAUGAGCGUAGCAACCGGAAUCAUGAAUGCGAUCGAUUACAGGAAGAAGGUUUGCAACAGUUGGAGGCUCUCUUAUUUACUCUGAAGAAAAUCAACGAAAAUCCGAAGCUGCUUCCUGGGGUGAAGCUUGGUGUUAUCGCUUUGGACACAUGCGACAGCGCCACCUAUGCUUUAGAACAGAGUCUGGACUUCAUUAAAGGCUUUAUCGCAAGAAGUAACAGUGGUGAACAAGAAUUUCAAUGCCAUGAUGGGUCGAUGCCAAGGUUUAGCGACGGCAGCUUUGACCGAAUGAUGGGCAUAAUAGGUGGACGGUCCAGUUCUGUGUCCAUCCAGUUAGCUAACAUUCUCCGCCUUUUUCAAGUUCCCCAGAUCAGUUACCAAUCGACUAGCCCGACACUGAGCAACAAAGAAAAAUACGAGUAUUUUUUCCGUACAGUGCCUUCUGACGUCAACCAAGCUCAUGCUAUUUUGAAACUCUUAAAGAAGUUUCGGUGGACUUACGUUUCAAUUGUUUACUCUAACACCGACUAUGGUAACAAGGGUUACGAAAAGUUACAAGACUUGGCACCAAACUACAAUAUCUGUUUUUCAAAUCCUCAGAGUAUCAAUACUGAUCACUUUACUGACCACGACUACGACUCGGUUAUUCAGAAUCUCAGACAGAAAACAAACGCAAGAGUUGUUGUGGUAUUUGCCGAUAAACAAACCACAAGAAACGUAAUGAUGGCAGCGAACCGAUUAGGGGUUACAAAACGAUUUGUAUGGAUUGGGAGCGAUGGCUGGAGCGGUCAUAACAGUGUCGUGGAAAAUAUCGAGGAAAUUUUAGAGGGCGCUAUAACCAUUUCUCCCUUAGUGCGUUCUAUAAGAGGUUUUGACCAGUAUUUUACCAGCCUGACCCCAGAAAACAACAAAGACAAUCCUUGGUUUGUCGAAUUCUGGGAAGAAUAUUUCCAUUGCCAAUAUCAAGGUUUGCACGAAACACCAUGGAGUAACAAGUAUCAACAUUGGUGCUCUCCCAACAAAAGGAUCUCACCGAGUAACGGAUACACGCAGACUCCGGCUUUGCAUUUUGUACGAGAUGCUGCCUAUGCCUUUGCGCAUGCGCUACACGAUUUGCAUAAAUAUGUCUGUGGUGGAGAAGAAGGCCUUUGUGAUGCCAUGGUACGAAUAGAUGGUCCUACGUUGAAGGGAUAUCUACAACAAAUAAAAUUCAAAGAUGAAAAUGGUAAGACUUUCCGAUUUCUUCCGAGUGGUGACGCUCCACCCAGAUAUAGUAUCUUCAAUUUCCAGAAGAGGUCAGGUAAUUAUACCUGGCGCAAUGUUGGCUCCUAUAUUCAAAGAAGCAUGGGAUGUUUGUAAAGAAUCGAGAAAACAUUUGAGAGUGAGGAAAGAGAGCACGUUGUGAUAGCCCCCUCCCCUUAUGGACUCUUCAAUUUUUACCCCUGACACGACGAUAGCAGGAAAGUCUGAUAACUUUCGUGAAGAUAUCCCGAUGCUAGUGAACUAGCCCUCCAUUUAUUUCGCUUUGUAAUGUGAAACUUGGACAGGAGCUUAAAAAAAAAAAGACUUUAAUAAAUAAAUUCAGAAGUGAGUGCAAUUAUUUUUCUCUAUA